GAUAGAUGAUAGAGUCAAUGUGCUUAUUUUGCUAUAUAGUCCUCCACAAUUUGCGUCUUCUCCGUUCGCACUCCCUCCGCCUCUCUCCCCACUCCAUCUCCAAUCCGAGAUCCGAAUCCAAAGGUUAUAGUUGAAUUUAGUGAUGGGUUCGACUGCGGCCGAGGACCAGAUUAAGCCUAGAGAUGUAUGUGUUGUUGGGGUUGCACGUACUCCUAUGGGCGGCUUCCUGGGUGCCUUAUCACCCUUGGCUGCUACAAAACUCGGAUCAAUAGCUAUUAAAGCCGCACUUCAAAGAGCCAAUGUUGAUCCAGCACUCGUACAAGAGGUUUAUUUCGGCAACGUGUUGAGUGCCAAUUUGGGGCAGGCUCCUGCUAGACAAGCUGCUUUAGGUGCUGGAAUACCGAAUACUGUGGUCUGCUCUGCGAUCAACAAAGUUUGUGCAUCUGGAAUGAAAGCUACAAUUCUUGCUGCACAAAGUAUCCAAUUGGGAAUCAAUGAUGUUGUCGUGGCUGGUGGAAUGGAGAGCAUGUCAAAUGCCCCUAAAUAUAUUGCUGAAGCAAGGAAAGGAUCUCGAUUUGGGCAUGACACUCUCGUUGAUGGGAUGCUUAAGGAUGGUCUUUGGGAUGUAUACAAUGAUUUUGCUAUGGGAAUGUGUGCUGAACUUUGUGCAGAUAAUCAUUCUAUUACAAGGGAAGAGCAGGAUUCUUAUGCCAUUCAAAGCAACGAGCGUGGAAUAGCUGCUCGGGAUAGUGGUGCUUUUGCUUGGGAAAUAGCUCCUGUUGAAGUUUCUGCUGGUAGAGGGAAACCAUCAGUAAUUGUUGAUAAGGAUGAAAGCCUAGAAAAGUUUGACCCUGCGAAACUGAGGAAGCUCCGUCCGAGUUUUAAGGAGAAUGGUGGUACUGUUACAGCUGGAAAUGCCUCUAGUAUAAGUGAUGGUGCUGCUGCAUUGGUGCUGGUGAGUGGACAAAAGGCUCUAGAACUAGGAUUGCAAGUGAUUGCAAAGAUAACGGGAUACGCUGAUGCCGCUCAGGCGCCCGAGCUCUUUACAACAGCUCCAGCUCUUGCUGUACCAAAAGCUAUUGCACAUGCUGGCUUAAGUGCUUCUCAAGUCGACUAUUACGAAAUAAAUGAAGCUUUCUCUGUUGUGGCCCUUGCAAAUCAGAAGCUUCUUGGGAUUCCUUCUGAAAAGAUUAAUGUGCAUGGUGGAGCCGUAUCUUUAGGACACCCUCUUGGUUGCAGUGGAGCUCGCAUUCUGGUCACCCUUCUAGGGGUCCUCAAACAGAAGGCCGGCAAAAUUGGAGUCGCCGGAGUUUGCAAUGGUGGCGGCGGAGCAUCUGCGCUUGUUGUCGAGCUCGUGUAAACAUUUUCUAUUUGGUCUGGUGCGGGAACGGGAAUUCAGCGCUCGUCGGUAUGACGAAGUCUCCGUUUUUCUCUCUUCCUCCCUCUCUCUUUACGGAGUAAUAAAGCUAAGUUAUGUAGUUCUUCGUAGCUAAUCGUUUCUUUCUCUUUAUGUAGUAAUAAAUCUAAGUUAUGUAGUUCUUCGAUAGUUAAUCGUCGAUCGCCGACUUUUUGAAAUGUUAGUUGUUUAUUUUGGAGAAUCUAAGAAAUCAAAGGAGUGCGCAACUUCAAUGGGGAGCUCCUCAACGAGUCUUUGUUGAUACA